AAUGUCGCUUUCUGUUUUGGUAUCAUCUCACAAUAAAGGAAAUCAAUUUUCAUAACUUAUCGAUGACUUUUGUGAUAAUUGUUAACGUAAAACAAACACCAAAUUCCAGUGUAAUUGAUUGAAAACCUGCAGCCAUGAACACCACAGCUCCCACAUCGGCAGAUGCCUGCCUGAGCAUUGUGCACUCUCUCAUGUGCCACAGGCAAGGCGGGGAAAGCGAGGGCUUCUCCAAACGUGCCAUAGAAUCUCUUGUCAAGAAGCUCAAGGAGAAACGAGAUGAGUUGGACUCUCUGAUCACUGCCAUCACCACAAAUGGAGCUCACCCCAGCAAGUGUGUUACAAUACAGAGGACUUUGGAUGGAAGAUUACAGGUCGCAGGCCGCAAAGGAUUCCCACACGUGAUAUACGCCCGCAUAUGGCGCUGGCCGGACCUCCACAAGAACGAGCUCAAGCACGUCAAGUUCUGCCAGUUUGCCUUCGAUCUCAAGUGCGACUCAGUCUGCGUCAACCCCUACCACUAUGAGCGGGUGGUAUCACCAGGUAUUGAUCUCUCCGGGUUGACAUUGACAUCUGGCCCAAGUCGCCUAGUGAAGGACGAGUACACGGCUGGCUUGAGUGGGAAUGGUAUGGACAUGGACACUGGCGAGUUAGUCACAAUACAGCACCAUGCAGCCGCCAGCCCACGUCACCACCACUCGCUGCCACACCACCACCAGCAGUUCCAGGGGACCAACAUCAUCAUCAACCAAACACAAGCGCCAGAGGGCGUUCAGAACAUGUUCUCGCCGACGCACGGGCCGCGGCCGCUCCGGCCGGCCGGCGCGCCGCCGCAGCUGCCGCACCUCUCGCCCGGCCCGCAGAUGAUCUCCGGCCACGCACAGAUGACGCCCGGCCCGCCGCAGCUAGGUGUCGGGACGCCUCAGAUGGGGCCGGGGACGCCUCAAAUGGGGCCGGGUACCCCUCAGAUGUGCCCCGGAACGCCUCAGAUGGGUCCGAACACGCCCCAAAUGUGUCCGGGGACGCCACAAAUGUGCCCGGGGACUCCUCAGAUGGGCCCGGGCACGCCGCAGAUGGUGGCGAACGCGCCGCAGCUGCCGUCGCCGCGCAUGGCGCCCGCGCCCACGCAGAUGUCCCCGGGCACGCCGCAGAUGCCCAGCAUCAGCCAGGGCAUGACGAUACCUAGCCCGCAGCAGAUGGCCAUGAGCCAGCAGCGAGCGAUAGCGCCGAAGCUGGAGCCGCCGGACACUAUAGACGCGCGAACGAUGUGGUUACCGAAAAGAAUGAACCAUUCGGCGCUGCCGGUGACCAUGUCGCCGGGCGGGACGACGCCGCUCAUCGACGGGCAGAACACGACCUUCUUCACCACGGAGCAGACCACUACUGAAACACAAAUGACACAGACCAUAUCAGUGGGUCCCGUGUCGGUGUCAUCAGGGUCGGCGGAGAGUUCCCAGCAGAACGGCUUCGCGUCGGCCGGCAGUCCCGCGCCACAACCCAGCCCGCUGCCGCGCACGCAACAUCAACAAGGCACAUGGACAGGCAACAACACGCUGACGUACACGCAGAGCCUCGCGCCGCCCGCGCCCGCGCCGCUCGACGCGCCGCCGCAACACCACCACUACUAUAAUGGUAACCCAGGCGGGCAGCCCCUGUUGUCGCAGCUGCCUGCGCCCGAGUACUGGUGCUCGGUGGCGUACUUCGAGCUAGACACGCAAGUCGGAGAGACGUUCAAAGUGCCGUCGAGCAGGCCUAACGUCACGGUUGACGGCUAUGUAGACCCAUCAGGAGGCAACAGAUUUUGUCUAGGCGCUUUGAGCAACGUUCACAGAACAGAGCAGAGCGAACGCGCAAGACUGCACAUCGGCAAAGGCGUGCAGCUGGACUUGCGCGGCGAAGGCGAUGUGUGGCUGCGCUGUCUGUCCGAGCACUCCGUGUUCGUGCAGUCCUACUACCUGGACCGCGAGGCGGGCCGCGCGCCCGGCGACGCGGUGCACAAGAUAUACCCCUCCGCCUGCAUCAAGGUGUUCGACCUACGGCAGUGCCACCGACAGAUGCAGUCCCAAGCCGCGACAGCGCAGGCCGCGGCCGCGGCGCAGGCCGCCGCCGUCGCCGGCCACAUCCAGCCCGCGCACCCAGGCAUGAACAAGUGCCUAACAGCAGCGGCGGGUAUCGGCGUGGACGACCUGCGGCGGCUGUGCAUCGUGCGCCUCUCCUUCGUCAAGGGCUGGGGGCCCGACUACCCGCGCACCUCCAUCAAGGAGACGCCCUGCUGGGUCGAGGUCCACCUGCACAGAGCCCUGCAACUCCUGGACGAGGUGCUGCACACGAUGCCGAUCGACGGGCCGCGGAAUAACAUCGAGUAGGAGUUGAUCGGCUUCUUUUGAGGCCUUCGCGACACCACACAUGUGCAAGUUUGUUUCACUGGCGCCGCGCCGUGCCGAGGCGCUUUUGUCGCUUAUCGCUGUGGAUAACAUAUUCGUCUAUUGACAGAGUAGUGUAUUGUAGUUCGGGCGGUUGAUAUGGGGGUUGGCUAGCCCUGCCAUCCCAACUCCUCAAAAAAUCCUAUCAGACCUUUAACGUUGAGUACCUACGACUUCGGGGAGGUCUCCCGAGGAUCCGAGAUCUUUUUCCCUGUAUGGAGCCACUCUACUGCACUCCAGCACCACGUGAGAAGCUGUCUCCAUGCACCCUCGGCACAGGGGACUAUCCGUAACACCUGUCAACUCUGACAGGUGUUACGGAGACCUAAAAAGGAGGCGGCUAGUUUGUUCUUUAGGGCCCCCUUUUAGAACUGCCCUCCGUAAUGACCUAUUUGAUGCCUAUUUGCUGUCAAUUGUGAACCCUAAAUGGAAUGAAGGCUGCUAUUGGACUAGCCUUAUGCGUCAUUGGACGUCUAUGGCAGUAAAAGGGUUACCCCAAUCUCACCAAAGGUAAUGGCGAAUGUCUUAACCAUAGAUAAGCGAUAAAAGUGUUGCCUCUAACCGCGAUGGACGCUCUCCGAGUGAUGUGAACCGUGACGGUGCAGCUUUAAACCAUAUGCCAUAUAGCAUUUAAGUUCACUUUCCUACAAAACAAACCUUUAGGACCCCUGUCUUCCAAAUUUUUGUUUUAUAUCUAAUAAAUAUAUGCGAAACAAACAUUGCACAUUUAAGAGAAUGUGCAGCGCUCGUGUCUAAAGAAAGGUGAACUAAUGAGUUAUGUCUUGUGUCUAUUUACGUAUAGGAUAAACGCUAACAUAGGUUUACGUUUACAGUAUUGAGACGGAACAAACUAAAGAACACUAAGCGAUCUCAGUAUAAUAUUUUUUCACAAAUCCUAUAUGAGGUAGAUAUUAGCAGAGACGUGUAAACAAUAAAGACUAGUAAAAUGUUUGAAUAAUAGAGAGGUUACUAGUUGAUGUUAUAAAUAGUGGUCUGAAGGCCGCUACAGACGUGGGAAGGCUGAGCCGGCAGAGUACUUGAUAAAAAGGCGUCGUGAAUGUAUGUUUUAGGAACGUGGUGUAAGUCCUUAUUGUUUUAUCGUCUCUGACAUUAGUAUAAAGAUUCGACGGAAACUGGUUGCUCAAGCGAGUCUGUGAAGUAACUUGUCGAGUUUAUAAUAAUUUACUAACAGCGAUACCAAAAUAAGGCAUUUUCUUAAAUAUAAAGUACACUAGUCGUGUAAGUAUAAAUAUAACAAGACAUAAUUAUGGUUCAACUUGAAAGAAGCCAAAUGGGAAUUAGCUUUGUUUAGUGUAAGAUAAGUGUGUUGUAAGGUAGUUAUGGUUAUACAGUAAUUUAUGAUAGUUAUACUUUAAAAUGUUUAUACGUAGAGAUAGCGCGGGGCGCGGGCUAGCGUAGGGAUAGUAUGUGCCUGCUGGAGGGGUUGCGAGUAGACAACGUUAGAGUUGCACAAUAAAGUCCAGGGUACGUAGCCGAAUGGCACAAACGCUCACGAAACGAAACGCUCGUAGAUAUCUAUCUCUAUCGCUUUUGCCUAUUGGGGCGAUAGAGCCAAACUACCUUUCGCGGCGUUUCGUUUUCGUUUCGCGUCGCAGAAAUGCCAUUCGGCUACGGCACCAGAUUCUAAAUCUAACCUACGGAAGGUUAGUAUUGGCAGUAAACCUUGUAAAAUGAUUAUUAUUUUUAUUUAGAAGUUGAUUUACUGGACUAGUAAGCAUUAAAUGCGUAGAAAGUCUGAUGUCUCAGAUGAACGUUAUAGUAAUUUUGUAGAGGCUUUAAAAUCAGUUUGAAAAGUCGUAAGUUGAGUGGAAGUGCCAGCAACCCCUCCAUGUUGAAAUGGAUCUGUGAUGUCGUAACGAAUAAAGUAUAUGUAGGGCGCCCCGCGGAGGAUAUGAUAUUUUCAAAUGAAUACAACUAACAAAUGACAUAUUUUGUGUACGAAAUCGCAAACGAUUGUAAUAGAUUAAGUAAUAUGUAACGUGUUUUUGAAACUUUUUAAGUAUUUUGAGAUUGUCAUAGUUGGCUUAAGAUUUUGCUUUAAUUAUUUUUACUCGGCAGAUUUACGAUAUCUUGUGUUGAAUGAUUUUAUUAGUUACUGUUGGUAUAGUGUUUUGGUUUCUUUUUUUACAAAUAAUUGUGUAAAUAUUAUUAUAUGGAAACUGUGAGCUUUUUUGUCUAUGACAAAGUUAAAUUUUAUUGAUAUUUUGUAAUUUUUAUUACGAUAUGAUUUACUCGCAGUGGCAGUCGCUGUUUAAUUCGUUGAUCGAAUUUGAUUUAUUCGUGCGAAUAACCAUACAUUGUUUAUUAUUUUGUUAUUGCUAUUGACAUUUUUUCGUUUCGCUUCGGAAUUUUACAUUUGUUUGUUACCAAUGAAUUUGUACAGAAUCGGAGUACGCGAGUUGUAUAUAGUACAAUCAAUAAAAAAAUUUUUUAUUAACGCGAAGGAGUCGUGGUCAAGGUGACUAUCGUUUAUUGAAAAGUGCCAAUUGGAAGGGUGUGUCAUUUCCAUACAAAAAUUAAAUUUCGACUGACGUUUUCUGUUAACGAUUGUCACUUGUCUAGGACCCCAGGCGUUACUUAGAAAUAACGAUUAUUCCUUAAAUGUUCUCUUAGAAGGCUUACACAAAAUCGAUUAUCGAAAAUACCUCUUUAUAGUGAUCAAAAGGAUUCAAAGGGUUUUAGAUGAUAUUAAAAGUAUGUGGUAAGUUUUUUAAUGCUGUUGAAGUUUUGAAUAAUGUCAAAUUCUACAUGCCACAGUUAUAGAGAGCUACAGUGUUUGGAGUCUGUCGUACAAUUUAUUAAGAAUCAUUGACUGCAGUUAUGGGGUUAUACUAAAGUUGUCCAAAGUUGUGAACUAAUAUAAUUAUGUUGUUCAGAUUUUGAACGUAACUUGCCGCUUUUGUAAAUACUGCGAACCGAAGCCUUGUUGAAGUCAACGUGGUCGGGAAUACAAUAAAAUUACGUGUCACUGACGA